CGCCCCCUGCGCCCAGCAUGGUAAUGGCCGAGCCUCGGCGGCCCCCCCCGCUGCUGCCCCGCGGGCCCGGGCCCGUCCGCGUCGGCUUCUACGACAUUGAGGGCACAUUGGGCAAGGGUAACUUCGCCGUGGUCAAGCUGGCGCGGCACCGCAUCACGCGUAGCGAGGUGGCAAUAAAAAUCAUUGACAAAUCUCAGCUGGAUGUUGUGAAUCUCGAAAAGAUCUACCGUGAGGUGCAGAUAAUGAAGAUGUUGGAUCACCCACACAUCAUAAAGCUCUACCAGGUGAUGGAGACCAAAAACAUGCUGUACCUCGUGACAGAAUUUGCCAAAAAUGGAGAAAUUUUUGAUUACCUCGCCAGCCAUGGCCGACUCAGUGAGUCUGAGGCCAGGCGGAAGUUCUGGCAGAUCCUGUCAGCAGUGGAGUAUUGCCACAACCGGAAGGUUGUGCACCGAGACCUGAAGGCUGAAAAUCUUCUGCUUGACAACAACAUGAACAUCAAAAUAGCAGAUUUUGGAUUUGGAAAUUUCUACAAGAGUGGUGAGCCUCUGACGACGUGGUGUGGAAGCCCACCAUAUGCAGCUCCAGAGGUCUUUGAAGGACAGCAAUAUGAAGGACCCCAGCUGGAUAUCUGGAGCAUGGGUGUGGUUCUUUAUGUUUUGGUCUGUGGAGCAUUACCUUUUGAUGGGCCAACGCUCCCCAUACUGAGGCAGCGAGUUCUGGAAGGAAGGUUCAGGAUACCUUACUUUAUGUCAGAAGAUUGUGAGCAUCUGAUUAGAAGAAUGCUGGUCCUAGACCCAUCCAAACGGUUAACGAUUGCUCAGAUUAAGGAACACAAGUGGAUGCUGAUAGAAGUUCCUGCCCAGAGAACUGUUCUUUAUGCCCCAGGACAGGAGAACCAGCCUUCCAUUGGAGAGUAUAACGAACAGGUUCUCCGGCUAAUGCACAGCCUUGGAAUAGACCAACAGAAGACUAUAGAGUCACUGCAGAACAAGAGUUAUAACCACUUUGCUGCUAUCUAUUACUUGUUAGUGGAAAGACUCAAAUCGCAUCGAAGCAGCUUCCCUGUAGAGCAGAGAUUUGAUGCUCGCCAGCGCCGCCCAAGCACCAUUGCUGAGCAGACAGUAGCCAAGGCACAAGCUGUGGUGCCAUCAGUGAACUUGUGCUCAGAAAACACGAGGCUGCUACGGUCCCCAGGACUUCCCCCCACCUCAGGAGCAGAGGUCUUUUCAUUCCCUCCGUCCAACUGCCAAACAGAGACGGCAUUUCUGGAAGAAGAAAGAGUCAACACACCAAAGGUAAAUGGCUGCCUGCUAGAUCCCGUGCCUCCCAUGAUGAUUCGAAAGGGAUGCCAGUCACUGCCAACUAGCAUGAUGGAAACCUCAAUCGAUGAAGGAAUAGAGACGGAAGGCGAGGCAGAGGAUGACCCUGCGCAGGCAUUUGCAGCCCUGCAGGCAGCUCGCUGUGGGAAGCGGCGUCACACCCUGGCCGAAGUCACCAACCAACUAGUGGUGGUGCCAGGCACAGGCAAGGUCUACUCUUUGGAUGAGAACUCCUCUCUGGGCAGCAGCAUAGAGUCAGAGUACAACAUGGGGUCAGUGCAGAGGAAUGUGGGCCUGCUGGGCGAUGCCCCUCCGCUGAAGGAUGUGGUGCCGCUGGCAGCACCGUUCCUGGGGCUGCGGCCGACCAACCCCGCCAUGCAGGCUCUUGCAUCCCAGAAGCGUGAGACUCACAACCGCUCCCCUGUCAGCUUCCGGGAGGGGCGCAGAGCGUCGGACACUUCCCUCACACAAGGUAUUGUAGCAUUCAGACAGCACCUCCAGAAUCUGGCACGAACCAAAGGAAUCUUGGAGCUGAACAAAGUCCAGCUACUGUACGAGCAAAUGAGAUCAGAAGAAGAACCCCUUCUGCCAUCAGCUGCCCCCCAGCUUCAGGACCUUGCUACCAGCUCUGCACAGGAAGAAAGACCUCAGCAGCAGGAGGCUGCGGCCACUUUCCCCAGUGGUGCACAUACCCCAGUGUUAUCCCGACGGCAGAGCUUAGAGACACAGUACUUGCAGCACAGGCUCCAGAAACCCACCCUACUAUCAAAAGUUCCAAACACUUGCCAGCUGUUCUGCAAAGAAUUGCCCCGGAGUCUGGAACAGCAGUUACAGGAGCACAGACUGCAUCAGAAGAGACUCUUUCUCCAGAAGCAGUCCCAGCUGCAGGCCUAUUUUAACCAGAUGCAAAUAGCCGAGAGUUCGUACCCAAGGUCAAGUCAAAUGCCACUUUCAUGCCAGGAGGAGCAGCAGCCAUCAGCACAGCAGCAACCAACCCAGUUCAGCCUCCAGCAGACUCUAAGCCCUGUCAUGGAGCCUUCCUCAGAACAAAUACAAUAUGACCUCUUCCUCAGUCACUACCAGAAAGUACAGCUGGAACCACCACCGCCCUCCCUGCUCACCAGCUCAUCACGAUUGUCAUCACCAAUUCAGCUGCCGCCGCCACCACAAUCCUUACAGUACUCCUAUCAGACUUGUGAACUGCCUGUUGUCACCUCUUCUGAGCCAGACUACCCUGACCAGUGCCAGUAUUCCAUGGACCCAGCACAGCAGAGCAGUGUAGCAUUGCCUGACAGCCAGGGCAGCUUGGCAGCCCAGGAGCCACAGUCAAACUACGAUGCACUGACCCUCUCAGAGCUGCCCGGACUCUUUGAUUGUGAGAUGAUGGAAACUGUAGAUCCCCAGCACAGCGGCUACGUCCUGGUGAAUUAAUACCAUGGGUGUCUAACAUGAGAGUGGAAGCCAGGGUGGAUGGAGAAGCAUGUAAAUUUUUGGCUUUGUUCCAACCCUAAAGUUUCUGAUCCUUCAGUCAACAAGGGAACUAAAAAUCCACCUGGCCAGAAAAAAGCUGGAGAUGGCUAGAAGCAUGUGGCCACCAGCUUCUCCUUUCAGUGGCUGGGGCUAGACAAACAGUUCAGCUUGGUUGCAUAAAGAACCAGUUUGUGUAGAAGGAGAGGAAAAAAAAAAAAAAAAAAAAUAUAUAUAUAUAUAUAUAAAGGAAGUGGCCCC